AUGCCUGACUUUACUGAUAUUGUUCUGCGAAUUGAUGACAUUAAGCAUGCCAUUGCUAUUGACUAUGAUCCAGUGGAAGGAUAUAUUUACUGGACUGAUGAUGAAGUUAGAGCUAUUCGUCGAGCUUAUUUGGAUGGGUCAGGUGCUCAGACCUUAGUGACUACGGAAGUGCUACAUCCAGAUGGCAUAGCAGUUGACUGGGUGGCUCGGAAUCUGUAUUGGACGGAUACGGGGACUGACCGUAUAGAAGUCACACGACUUAAUGGGACAUCUAGGAAAAUACUGAUAUCUGAAAACCUAGAUGAACCGAGGGCCAUCGUAUUAAAUCCACUAACAGGUUAUAUGUACUGGACAGAUUGGGGUGAAAAGCCAAAGAUUGAGUCUGCUUAUUUGGAUGGUUCGGAAAGGACAGUACUUGUUAACACGUCAUUAGGGUGGCCUAAUGGAUUAGCACUAGAUCUUCAAGAAGGAAAACUGUACUGGGGAGAUGCCAAAACAGACAAAAUAGAGGUAAGUAGAAUUUCUCCGACGUGUUUUGUGCAGGCUAUAUUUUGUAAUAACAGCUGCCAUUGUUUUCUAAUAUUAUUGUACGGUAAUGAAGCAGUGGUUUCUAAAAAUUUUUUCUAUAAACCUUAA